AUGUGCCUGCCAUGCAAGGGUGCCUUGUAUGUGCCGCAAGCUGCUCCUGGCUGGCUGAAAAUUGUGAACAACACCCUCCCCAAAAUAAGUCUGCGCUCCCUGCCAGGCUUUGGGCACCAGGUGGGCUUCAACACCCAGCUGCUGGUCGAGGGCACCAGUGCGCUGGGCAGGGCGCUCUGCGUGCAGGUGGAAGCUGAUGUGGUCAUGCUGGUCCAGGACAAGGGGGAGGCUCUCCAGAACCAUAAAGACUGCAAGACUGUUGACAUAAACAUCCGUGUGAGACCCAAAGUGCCACUUCUGGAUCAGCCUUUAACACGCUUGCUUAGCGAUGCCCUGCGUGAGGUGGCGUGCUACAUCGUGAGCGCCGGGCUCAACGUGGUGAACGCUGUGCUCGGACCCAGGACCCUUGCGCUCCCGCUCCAGGCUUUGGGAGAGCUGCCCCCCUUUUCCAUCAUCAGCGGCGAUGCUAUCCAGCUGGAUCUAAACCUCCUCCUCGGGGACGCGGAGGGCGGCGUGGUGGCCUCCACCCGGGGAUUGCCACUCGCCACCACCCUGCUGCUGACCACCGGCCACCCACCGCGGCUUGGCCUCUCCCGGCGCACCCUCGGUGUCCUGCUGGAGACGGUCUGGGAGCAAGGAGCCUUCAACCUCAACAUCACCAACUCGAUGCUCGCCAAGAUCCUCCCCGGCUCUCUGCCGCUGGAGCUGCACGUGUGGGUGGCCAGGGAGCCAGUGGUGGCCGUGAGGGACCGAAGAGCCACUGCCACCCUCAAAGCCUCCAUCGACGUCUUCAGGCCCCCACCGCAGUCCUCCCAGGAGCCCCUCUUCUCCCUCGAUACGGACAUCGUUCUGAACAUCAUCCCAUCGGUCUCUGACGGCAAACUGCGAACCUCCCUGGCUCUCGACAGCAUCAACCUGACACGGGCAGCCCCGAGACUCGACCCUCUCAGUGUAAGUGCACACUGCUUUGGAUCGAGGCGCUGCAGCGAGCUUUUCCAGAGGCUCUGUGUAGAUGCCUUGCGCGUGUCAGUCCCCCUGCCCAACAUUCUCAACACCAGCCUCGGGAACGCCAAGAUUGACAUCGCCGACGUAGAUGACUCUCCCGACCAGACCGCUCUGAAAAGAUCCUGCUCGGGAGGACUCUCAGCCCUGCUCGCCGUCUGA